AUGAAUAUAUUGCUCGAAAAAUGGAAAAAAGGAAAAGGGUCAUUAAUAAGUUUUGAUACAAAAGUUGGUAAAAUUGAUGAUUUGUAUGUUGAUUUUGAUAAUUCUUGGAUGUUGACAGGAUCAUCAGAUAGAGGAAUAGUUGCAAGGUGUAACCCAAAAACUGGAAAAGUAAAUAAAGAUUUAAUAUCUACAAGUGGAAAUAUUGUUCGUCCAAUUUCUGCCUUGUUAGUUGAUAGAAAUCAAAUUCUUUGGGGUUACGAAACUGGUGAAAUUGGAAUUACUUUUAUGAAUAGAAAUGCUUCAGAAAGAUAUUAUAAAAAGCUUUAUGAUUAUGGAUCUCGUUCAGGAUGUGUAACUUCAUUGGCUCGGGACAGAAAAUAUGACAAUAUAGUAGUUAGUGGUAGUUCAGAUGGUGUGGUAAAGCUAUGGGACACUGGUAAAUUAAUGUGUACCAAAAAUUUCAGAACCAGCUCUAAUUUUGAAGAUAAUUCAAAGGUUACCAUUAUAAAAUGGAAUGCUCGAAAAUGCUUGAUUGCAGGAACAGAAAAUGGCCUUAUUCAUAUAUGGUGGUUUGAUGCAACUGGUUUAUUUCAGAAAAAUAAUAAUAAUAACUCCCAGACAGAAAUUCCACAUAUGAUAAUUAAUGAUAAUUUCGAUGAAUCAAAUGAAAUUUUGUCAAUACAUUAUCACGAACAAAUGGAGUUUAUAAUAGUUACAUACAAAAAUUCCUAUGAAAUUAAAAAAUACGAUUUGAAAACUUUAAAAUGCAUCACCAUAUUUAAACAAGGUCAUUUUGCCAAUAUAACAUGUACAACAGUAGAUUUGCAUGACGAGUCACCUAACGAUAAAGAUGUUGUUAGAGAUGAUAGCGGUAAUCAUAACUGUAAUGACAUUAUUGAGAAAACUUUAGUAUCAUCAAAAAAUCUUCUUGCAAGUGGUGAUUCUGUUGGUACUGUAUGUUUGUGGGAUGUGGGUUUAAGAAAUAGAAAAGAUAAAGAUGACGGAAAUAACAAUAAUAAUGAUAGCAAUCAGGAAUGUUUGUUUACUAAGCCGUUAAGAAUUUUUAACAAUAAUCUGUUGUCACCUAUCACAUCUCUCCAUAUUGAUGCUUUCAAGUUACUGGUUGGCAGUUCUGACGGCAGUGUGAGUGUAUGGGAACCUUUAACCUCAUGUUUAAUUCGUACAUUGAAUCAAAAUUACAAAAGAUUACCGAAUAGAUAUCAGACACGAUUAUUGGAUGGAGAAUUAGCUGUAAAUUGCAUUUAUUCGAAAGAUUAUCAAAUAGUAUUCAGUACUGGUAGUACAAUAAAUUCUUGGGAUUUUACAUCUGCUACUGGCUCAACAAAUCAAAUUAAACAAAAAAAGAAGUCAACAUCAAUAACAACACCCAAAUAUCUAAGUAGAAUCGAAUUACAAAACGAUGUGAAAGAGUCAAAGAAACUGAUCGAACAAGAACGUAUAGAAAAAGAAAAAUCUAUUUUAUUUCUAAAUAAAUUUUCGCCUUUAUUAGAUUUAACAGAUGAUGAAUUGUUAGAUUAUGCUAUGAUUAUUUCUAAAGAUGAGAGUAAUAAUAAUCAAAAAAUUGACGAGUGUGAGGAGGAUAAAGGAAUCAGAGAAGCAAUUUUGAGAUCAUUAGAAAUUAGUGGUGAUGCUGAUGCUGAUACUGACGAGUGUGAAGAUAAAGGAAUCAGAGAAGCAAUUUUGAGAUCAUUAGAAAUUAGUGGCGAUGCUGAUGCUGAUGCUGACGAGUGUGAGGAUAAAGGAAUCAGAGAAGCAAUUUUGAGGUCAUUAGAAAUUAGUGGUGAUGCUGAUGCUGGUGAUACCAGUGAUAUUAAAAAAAUGUAA